UUCUUGAGGCAAAAGAUAUAAGAAAGAUGAUAUGCGAAGGUAUACAGAUCAAGGUUCAAUUAAUGCAACGCCGAAAGGUGAUCAAAUGCAAAAAGACUUCGGUAGUUCGUGGCACGUGUGAUCCGAUAUUCAACGAGGCGUUCGUCUUCAACAUUGCCUCGGAUCAUAUGGAGAUGACGAGCAUUAUGCUCAAGUUCGUCCGAUCUCCUUCCAGCAAGCUGGGCAGUAGUAGUCAUGAUUAUGGUUUCGUCAACACAGGACCAUUCAUGCUAGCCCGUGGCGAAGAACUCCUCCAUUGGCAGGAGAUGAUGGCACAGCCGAAAAAACCUGUAACUAAGUGGCAUUCAAUAACAACCAUGUCGAACGACUAUUAAAAUACAUAUACUGUAAUGUCUUUUUUUUUAUUGUGAACAAUUUAGUAUAAGGCACCUAAAGGCCUUUACGCGCUACAUUGCAUGAACUUUUACUAUAAUUAUAGAAAUGAAAAACAAACGCGAGCGAGGGAAACAAAUAGUUAAAUAAUAACAGUGCUCGCAUAGAAACAUCUGUAUAAGAUGUUAUAACCAUAUCAAACAUAUCAAACAUAGAUCUAUAUGUAUAUUGAAGGAACAAUGUAAAUAGCACUGUUAAUUUAACAGUCGAGGUAUAACUCUAAUAAUUUAUUAUAACAAUAUUAAUAUCAAUAAUAGGGCUAGUAAAUUAAACAAUAUGAUUAUAAUAGUAAUAAUAAUAAUAUAAAUAAUAAUAAUAAUAAUAAUAAUAAUAAUAAUAAUAAUUGUUAUUAUAUCAUUAAUGUCACUGUUAUGUGUUUCACCAUACAGAUUUAAGAGAACGUAUUAAAUAAGCA